AGAGGGGUUAGGUCCGCUUAGGGCGCGUAUAUAAGCACUAGGUCCCGCAGAACUAGUGUCUGUUAGAUAUCUAGCUCACUUGAAACCACUCAGUUUUAUUUACUUUAAAUUAUUUAAAAUGAAAGCUAUCGUGAUUGUACUCCUGCUCGUAGCAGCCGUCUACGGCGCGGAGGAGAAGAAAGAGAAGCGUGGCCUGCUCGGGCUCGGCUACGGAGGGCUCGGCCACGGCCUGUACGGGGGCCACGGACUCGGCCUCUACGGGGGCCACGGGCUCGGCCUCUACGGGGGCCACAGCAUCGGCUACUCCGCGCCCAUCGUCAGCCACAGCGUGGCACUCCCGGCUCCCAUCAUAAGCCAUAGCAUCGCUGCCCCAGUGCUCGACCACGGCCUGUACGGCCACGGUAUCUACGGCCAUGGGCUCGGUGCUCCCCUCCUGGGACUCGGCCACGGCUGGCAUUAGGGCCUACGCCCCCGUAUUCAAACACCUCGCACGAGCGAGCGAUAUGGUACAGGUUACCACGUCAGUGCCAAAUUAGUAUUGUGAGUUAAGGUCAAUAAAUUUAUUAAAUGUA